ACAACAACAACAACAACAACAACAUGGAAGAAGACCACUCAACCGAUCAUCAGAUUCAGGACAGAACAGAAGAACCAGAACCAGAACAACAACAGCAACAACAACAACAGCAACAGCAACAACAACAACACCAGCAGGAAGAGGAGGAUGAAGAGACAGAGACACUGAUCUCAAGCGAAACAACUACCUCACCAUCCAGAUCCAACUCACCUUCCAUCCUAUCUCAGAAUACCGAUCAAUCAACUCAUCAUCAUCAUCAUAACAACAACAACAACAACAACAACAGCCCCAGCCAAAACACUCCAUCAUCAUCAAAACCAUCAUCAAUCAGAUCAACAUCUAACCGAUCAAUCACUCAGAUCGAACAACACCAACCCUCGAACACUACCACCAAGAAUCACUCGGAUCACCCAAACCCUCAACCGAGCCCACUCCGGAUCAUCACCCCAACUACCUCGAACGAGCUCAUCCGAUCACUCCAUCAACCCACCUCACCCUCAUCAUCUCACCCUGCUCUAGCACUACCACCACUCCCCCCACCCCCACCACCUCUACCACAACUCAUCAAGCCCCACAACACCAACAACGAACCAUCUCACUCCAACUCUCCACACCCAGACGAUCCCAAUCUCACUCAAAAAUCUUUACCCUUCAAUAUCUCUCCACCCAUCAGAUCGAACAGCAGUAGUAAUACCCCUCGUCAAUCCAUACUCCCCAGCAAUGCUCAAACCCCUCCUCCCUCUCACCACCAUCAUCCUCCCCCUUCUCAACUCGUCUCUCCCACCUCAACCUUAGCCUCCCCUGAAAACAACGAACCUACCAGAGCCUCACCCAGCUCUCAUCUAUCGCCCACCUCGGGAUCGCUUCAGUUCACCCAAAACAUGCCUGGUCGAUCUCGUCGCCAGUUGGGUGAGUAUACCCUCGGCAAGACCCUCGGUGCCGGAAGUAUGGGCAAGGUCAAACUGGCCAUCUCAUCCAUCACCGGCGAGAAGAUCGCGAUCAAGAUCAUCCCACGUCAUACCUCCCUCUCCGCAGCUCAACAGCAGCUCGAGAAGGAUAAGAACAAAGAGAAUCACUCAGGCCCUUCCUCGACAAGAGAUCAUAAGGACAACACCAAAUCUCAACCGAUCACUCCUAGCCCGAGUUUUAUCGAAAAGGCUAAGAAUAAGGACAUCAGCAAGGAGAUCCGAACGAUCAGAGAGGCUAGUAUCGUACUCCUGCUCCAUCAUCCUUACGUCUGUGGGAUGAAGAGCAUGCUAGUUUAUCCGCAUCACUACUACAUGCUAUUUGAAUAUGUUAACGGGGGUCAGAUGUUAGACUAUAUCAUCUCCCAUGGUCGCUUGAGGGAGCGAGCGGCUAGAAAGUUUGCCAGGCAGAUGGGUAGUGCGCUCGAGUAUUGCCAUGCCAAUUCUAUAGUUCAUCGAGAUUUGAAGAUCGAAAAUAUCCUGAUCUCCAAGACCGGGAAUAUCAAAAUCAUUGACUUCGGCCUCUCGAACCUAUUCUCACCCAAUUCGAAUCUCCAAACUUUCUGUGGCUCGCUUUACUUUGCUGCUCCUGAGCUCUUGAAUGCGAAAGUGUAUAUCGGACCUGAAGUGGAUGUCUGGAGCUUUGGGAUCGUGUUGUUUGUCUUGGUGUGUGGGAAAGUGCCGUUUGAUGACCAGUCUAUGCCUGCUCUGCAUGCCAAGAUCAAGCGGGGGCAAGUGGAUUAUCCUACUUGGCUUAGCUCUGAAUGCAAGCAUGUAUUAUCUCGUAUGUUGGUCACCAAUCCUUCGAACCGAGCUACUCUGCAAGAGAUCCUCAAUCACCCUUGGAUGGUCAAAGGAUACGAUGGACCACCUGAUCCACACAUCCCACAUCGUGAACCACUUCGAAUAAAUCAAAUUGACCCCGAGGUAAUCAAGGGAAUGACUGGAUUCGAAUUCGGGUCGGCUGAGAAGAUUGAGGCUGAUCUUCGCUCGGUAUUGUCAAGUGAAAUGUAUGUGAAAGUGCUGAAGCUGUAUGAUGACAAACGAACAAGUAGUACAAACGGGUCGUUGGAACCAGUCUACAAUACCGCGCAUAGCAGCAGCAAUACUUCAAUGUCUCCCAUCAGCGGCAACAAACGAGAUGCUAAGAAUGAUCGAGAUCCGAAUAGAACUCCUAGUAAAUCUUCCAAGCGAUUUUCCGGUUUCGGCUUUUAUAGUAAGAAGAUGGCUGGUGGCCUGGCUGCUGUAUUGAAUACCGUAGGAGGAGCCAAGAAUGACGACAAAUCAAACUCAGAUCCCAACUCCUCAAUAUCAAACGGCUUUGAAUCCGUCCUAUUGAAUGGUCAAACCCUCGACUCUUUGGACCCCACUCGAGGUUUUCAUCCAUUGAUUUCGAUCUAUUUUCUGGUCCGAGAAAAAAUAGAACGAGAGAGAAUCUAUGGACCUGGAGUCUUCGCCUCUUCCACGUUAUCUGUCACUGGCCCACCCCCACCCCCAGUACCACCUUCUGCUUACAGGAGUGAACUUAGCUCUCAUGGUCCACAGUUAGCCAGCCCGCUUUCGACUACCAAUGAACUCGCCUCCGCCCCUUCGGCCCGAUUGCUCAACAAGAAUCGUAACACGAUGGCCGGAAGUGAGUUUGAUGGCAAGCAGCGAGAUCAAGCAGCACUACUUCUUGACAUGCAUCAAAAAGGCUCAACCAAGCAGCGGAACGGGCUAAUGUCGAUCAGACCCAGCACUGCCACCGAACGGAUGGUUUCGACCCCACUACCAUCUGCCCCAAGCUCCCCCUCCCACACGGCGGAAUUCGCUCCGAGCCGGGCCAAGAUUCUCAAUAGCUUUAAUCCUUCCAAGAGACGCAGUGUUCACAUCAUGACCGCCCCCGAGUCUAGUGGUGUAUUACAAGCGAUGACUGACGUGAUGCCCUCUCAGAGAGCCCCUGAUUCGAAUGCCAAUGGUCCCAACACAAGGGCUGACCGGGUGGUCAGCAUGGUUGAGCCGGCCAACGUUCUUGCCGGCCCCUCGGAUUCUGAACGUUCUCCGACAGGUUUUGCUAGACGGUUUGGCUCGCUAUUGGGACGCUCUGCAUCGGUCAACGAUCCCGAUUACAAACGACAUCGGCCCCGAAGUAGUAUCGGUUUGGGACAUAAAUCAAGCAGCAAGACUCCCCUGAGCGCCUUACCGCAAGUCACCGAAUCCACUGGCUUAUCGCCCCCAUUCAGCCCGGGUGGCUUACAGGAACAGCAGCAAACGGCUGCUCAAGCCCAGCCAGACCAUGUCUCCGAUGAUAUCCCAACUGAUGCCAUCCCAAUGAGUGCUCCGAUAAGCGGCCAAUCCGGGCCGAUGGCUGCCUUCGGAGCUAAAUCUGAUCUGGACGCUAAUCUUUCUUCUCGAUCUCGUCACCAUCAGCGGGGAUCAUCGGCGGGUGGGGAAGCAGGACACAAUGACAUGCCCGCCAGCGAGGGAGAAGGGAAAGUGGCGCUCAAAUCGAGCGCGAGUGGCCCCAAUUGGAGACCUCGUAUGAGCUCUCUCCAAGGUAAGGCCAAGCGCCCUACAUCACCAUCUACCAACCCGGCCACCACUAACGUGCUCUCUGAGAGUGAAGGUGAGCCGAAUCCUCUUGAUGAAGACGCCGACGUCCAGCCUCUCGAGAUCGGCUCCCCGGAUAGCACCCUGCCUAAGCAUACUGCUCCCCUCGUCGCUUUCUCGGGUCGCACUGCGCCACCCUCUUCGAAAUCAAGUGACAAGAUUAAGCCGAUCUAUCUCAAGGGGUUGUUUUCGGUAGCUACGACGUCCACGCGGGGGCCACAAGUGCUCCGGGCGGAUCUGGUGACCGUCCUGAACCGGAUCGGCUUCCAACAUCGGGAGAUCAAGGGUGGAUUUGAGUGUGCACAUGCGCCGAGCAUCGAUCUAUCGAGCUAUCACGGAGGCACGAGCAACUUGAAUGCCAACACCGGUGGGGUUGAGAACCUCGUACCCAUAUCUUCCCCUCCUAGUCAUUACAACAGGAGCGGUAAGAAGACGGCAGAGUCUUUGAAAAAGAAGGUAUCUAAAGCUUCGUUCGGUAAACAUCAUGCGCUCAUUGAUAACCAACGACUUAAGGUUAAUGGUUCUACUGCCACUACUCCUAAUCCAACCCCCGAUGGUCUUUCGGAACCCUCGUUGAAUGGUGGGAGUCAGACCGGAGAUCUCCCUCGACAGGCCACUCCGUCACUUGCAGGGACUGAAACGAUUAUUAUCGGUGCCCCGUCGAAUGAAUUAGGAGAACUGACUUCGCCAGUCAAUGGACCGAUCAAUCAACAAGGAACCUCAUCUAAUAUCUCGAAAAACGAUCGCCCCCCUUCUUCUAAUACUACCACUAGCAAAAGUCGAAAUAAUAAUCUUCAUAAUAAUAAUAAUCAUAAUACUGGUAGUGUUAAAAAAUUAGAUUUGGUCGUUCGGUUCGAAAUUUUUAUCGUUAAAAUGCCCCUGCUUCCUGGGAUCUCUGGCUUGCAGUUUCGUCGAAUUUCCGGUAAUGCAUGGCAAUAUCAAACUUUUGCUCGUAGGAUUUUACAGGAACUGAAACUUUAAAAUAAAAUUAAUUUCUUUCU